AUGUCGCAAUUCCAGUGGAUAGUACCACCACCCUUUGGUGCAGUUGGCGACUACUCGAACUUACCGAACUUCGCUCUGGACGACACUUAUACACUGCAAUGGACAACCAACCCAGAACCUAACAGCAUACUAUGGCUUAUUAAAGAUGGAGAUGACAUGUUGUGUGAAGCCUUCAAUCUGGCCAAAACGGGGUGUUCAAUCAUCAGGAGCGGUAACAACGGAUUAUCCUUCGAUUGGCAGGUACAAACAUACAACUUUACCUACAACAAAGCGAAUCCUGUAUACUACAUGAUCAUGUCAACGAGUGAUUAUACCAGAAUCGGAUACUCUCAUUAUCUCAAUAUCCUGCCUGAGAGUCUGAUGCCUGCUUCAGCAACCACAUCCAGUACAGCUACUUCCAGCGCAGCCACUUCCAGCGCAGCCAGCACAAUUUCUACAGCGUCCGCAAACUCUCUGUCAUCUGUAAGCUCUAUACCGUCGACCAGCUCUGUAUUAUCCACAACCUCAUCGACUGCGGCUGCAAACCCGGUGACUACGAGCACGACCUCAUCUGCACCUGCAGCGACAUCUACCGAAGCGCCUUCGGGUCUAAGCAGUGGGACCAAAAGAGCUAUCGGUGUUGCGGUCGGCAUCGGCAUUCCUCUCAUUGCCGUCUUGGGGUUGAUUGCGUUCUUGCUUCACCGUAACAGUAAGCGCAAGCAUCAAAAGCAGGCAGCGCAUGUGUAUGUGUCUCACCAGCCUCAGCCGCCUGCAUAUCGCGAGGAUACCACAAAACAGACACAACCGAAUACGAGGCGAGUUGAGGAAAUGUCUGCUGCAGAUCACCAACGAAAUAGUAUGCCUUCAGAGUUGUCGGGAUCGCCCUACUUUCGCUGA